AUGCACCUCGCUCACUUGGCUAUGGCCGCCUUUCUAUUCGCUCACCCAUCUUCAGCUAGACCUGUCAACGAACCCUGGAGCACCCUCCUCUCUAUCCCUUGGCCAUACUGGAACAAAGUUACUGCCGAUUACACUACAGUAGCCGCGAAGCAAGAAACUAAAACACCUACGAACCUUCCGCGAGACGGUCUAAUUCCCGACUCUUACACUGUCGACAGCACCGCCUAUUCCUAUAAUCCCUGGACACAUCCCAUUCGCGGCGUUGUCACCACUGGCGUCCCUAGUGUCCAUGCUGAGGCCGAUGCUGAGCACCUUACACCCACGAAGUUUCCACGAGACGACUUACGGCCCGAAUCCUACACCGCCAGCGGCACCGUCUAUUCGUUUGAUAUCCAUACACACGCUAUCCGCGAUGCUAUCCCGACUAACGCUCUGGAUGUCGAUUUUGAAGUCUAUAUCAACACUGACUACAUUAUAUACGACAUUCCUCUGCAUGCUACUAUCACAAAGCUUGGCGAGGUUGUUACGGUGGACAACUUCUUCACCCUCGGCGGCACCAUCUACCCCUGGAUCCCCUUCACGAACGCCAUCCGCGACGUCGUCCCCACUAACAUUCCCGAAGGCGAAGCUUAUGCUGAUGUCGGCACUGAUGCGUCCCCCUCCGAGCCUAUCUUCGCAGAAGCAAAACCCACACCUGAGGCUAAGGCCGAGGAAGCCCCUUCGGAUGAAACCACCACGCAGACCAGUAAGUUCUUCCCUGAGAUCGUGCUGGUGUCGCCUAGUGCCUCGUCUACGAGGAAAAAUACUCUUCCUUCCGAUUUCUUUGAAGUCCAUAGCACUAGCACUGGUAGUGCGAAAAGCGUGAUCACUCCGAUUGACCUUACGCAGGAAACGGUGAUUACGCCGAUUGAGCCCUGGUGGACUACAUCGUCGAACGAUCCUGUUGGGACGACGCUCGUCAAGGUCGUUGUUACUCAUGCUGAUUACUAUGACGAGGAACCUGCUACUACUUCUGCGCCUAGCACUAGUAGUGUAUUGACUGAUAUUGGGACUUGGACUAAGACUGUUCCGGUCUAG